AUGGCUCUUCACCACAGCCGCUCUCUUAGCUUCCCAUCUUCAUCACACCCUGCUGUUUCCCACUUCGAUCAAAACUUAUGCAGAUUGAGAUCUUCGGAGGCUGCUUGCUCCUCCCUCUCAUCAAUCAACGCCACAAUAAACGGCCUUAGAAACUUAUACGAGAGCAUUGAUGAUUUGCUGCUCUUGCCUCACAUUCAACAGAUCGUAACUGAGGAAUGUGUUGACGAUUUCAUUAAGCUAUUGGAUGCUUGCAGCUCUAUUAAAGAUCUCAUCUCACUUGCAAAGCAAAAUUUAAGAGAGCUUCUGUCUGCUGUAAGGAGAAAGGAUGCUCGUGGCAUCAACUGCUACCUUAAUUCCAGAAGAAACUCGAAGAAAAUGAUCCAAAAGUGUUUGAAGAAGUUGAGACGUAGCAGCGCCUCAGAGAAUGUUUCCUUGUUGAAAGAUGCAGAGUCCGUUGCCAUUUCCUCGCUCGAGUCUCUCUUGUCCUACACGCUGGGGAUGAAAAUGCAAGAGAGGAAGAGCAGCUGGUCAUUGGUGUCAAAGCUGAUGCAAUCCAAGAAAGCAUCAGACGACGAGAAUGAGUUCAACAAGGUGGAAUCAUUGUUGCAAGUGAAUCAAGGAAACGAGCUCGUGAAUCACUUGAAAGAGAUGGACUCGAGCAUUCAAGUUGUUGAAGAAGAACUUGAAUCCGUGUUCAGGCAGCUGAUCAAAACCAGAGUUUCCCUUCUCAACAUUCUCAAUCACUCGGCUUGA